GACACAGUCUCCCAGGAACUCUGCGGUGUUCUGCCUGGGCGGGUGAGUGAGUGCAGGGGCCAUGGGCAGGACUGGCAGGAGUGAGCAGACCAGAAAGGCAGCCUGCAGAGGGAGCCUGGGGACUGAUGGCAGUAGGGCAGUAGAAUCCCAGGUAGGCUUUCUGUACGUUCCACUUGCUUCCUGUCACGAGUGAAAAUGAGGGUCGUUUCCCACGGUUACGGUAGAAAAUAGAAAGCGUCCGUCAUUUAGUCCUUCUUGGAAAAUUCACGGAGUGCUUGCUGUUUGCCUGGCCUGGUGCAAUGUUGGGUUAGGUGGUGGACACAGAUAAUUCAUGUUUGUGGCUUUCUUUCUUUGCCAAGGUACGGACAUUGCUGCAGGAGAAGAAGUUGCCAUCAAGCUUGAAUGUGUCAAAACCAAACAUCCUCAGCUCCACAUUGAGAGCAAAAUCUACAAAAUGAUGCAGGGAGGAGUGGGCAUCCCCACCAUCAGGUGGUGCGGAGCCGAGGGGGACUACAACGUCAUGGUGAUGGAGCUGCUGGGGCCUAGCCUGGAGGACCUCUUCAACUUCUGCUCCAGGAAGUUCAGUCUCAAGACGGUUCUGCUGCUUGCCGACCAAAUGAUUAGUCGUAUCGAAUACAUUCAUUCGAAGAACUUCAUCCACCGAGACGUGAAGCCAGACAAUUUUCUCAUGGGGCUGGGGAAGAAGGGUAACCUGGUCUACGUCAUCGACUUUGGGCUGGCCAAGAAGUACCGGGACGCAAGGACCCACCAGCACAUCCCCUACCGGGAGAACAAAAACCUCACAGGGACGGCGCGGUACGCCUCCAUCAACACCCACCUCGGCAUUGAGCAAUCUCGAAGAGAUGACUUGGAGUCUCUGGGUUAUGUGCUCAUGUACUUCAACCUGGGCUCUCUCCCCUGGCAGGGGCUGAAGGCUGCCACCAAGAGGCAGAAAUAUGAAAGGAUUAGUGAGAAGAAAAUGUCCACUCCCAUUGAAGUGUUAUGCAAAGGCUACCCUUCUGAAUUUGCCACAUACCUGAAUUUUUGCCGUUCCUUGCGUUUUGAUGAUAAACCUGACUACUCAUACCUGAGGCAGCUCUUCAGGAAUCUGUUCCACCGCCAGGGCUUCUCCUACGACUACGUGUUUGACUGGAACAUGCUCAAGUUUGGUGCCAGCCGUGCUGCUGACGACGCCGAGCGGGAACGGCGGGAUCGAGAGGAGCGGCUGAGACACUCCCGGAACCCAGCCACCCGGGGGCUCCCUUCCACGGCCUCGGGCCGCCUGCGGGGCACCCAGGAAGUGGCUCCCCCCACACCCCUCACCCCUACCUCACACACGGCUAACACCUCUCCUCGGCCCGUGUCCGGCAUGGAAAGAGAGCGGAAAGUGAGUAUGCGGCUGCACCGUGGGGCCCCGGUCAACAUCUCCUCGUCCGAUCUCACGGGCCGACAAGAUACCUCUCGCAUGUCCACCUCACAGGUACGCACUCCGAGCUCGCUGAGGCCGGGGUGUGCCAGGCCCAGGCGUGGGGAUGUGUGUCAGCGCCGGGCCGCUGGCUUACCCUGUCUUCAAGGCUCAAAGUUGAGAGUAAGAUGAGUUUUUUGAAGGGUUUGUUUUUUUUUGUUUUUAACGUUCCCCAUUUUUGUUUUUAACCUGUGGGGAAGUUGCAUUCCUAGUUGCUGCUUUGGCUUCUUGGUUGAGAGCCAGAGAGACAAGCUUUGCAGCUAACGGGCUUGUUCCCAGCUGCAGUGUGGCAGGUAACGGGCCGUGUUGAGGGCUCUGCCUCUGCUGCUGCUCGGGUGCCCAGCAGUCUUCCCCGUGCAGACGGUCACUGCACGCCUGCUCACCCUCGUCAGCAGGGGCUGUGUGGGCGCACCCCGUCUCUGAGAACUUCCUCGUUCCCGCUGGCCGGGCAGGGCCCCGUGCGGGAGCUGCCCACACCUCUGGCCGGGGCUUGGGGCUGUAGGAGCCUUCGGUGGUGGCCCACCCCAGCGGCAUGCCAUGUGGUGAGGCUUCUCAUCUUCUGAUGACCAUGUCGACUGUGCUGCUCUCUUCAUGAGGAAAGUGUGCUCAGAGAAACGUGCCUGCUGAGCGCCAAGGCAGGGUGGCCCGGCCUGGCCACGAGGGCGCUUCCUCACGCCCAUCUUCCUCUCCCAGCAUCCUCCCUCUCGCUCUGGCUUUUGUUGUUGUUGUUUUUUUGCAUUCGCUAACAUGCUUCUUUCAGUAGACCAGAACAACUUUUUACACAUAUACUGAUUUCUUUCUCUUGAGGUAGUUUUCAGGGUCCCCUGUGGGGGCAG